UUCCUGUGCCAAAGUGCAAGGUCUGACCUAGCCAUCUGGCUAACAGCGUGAAUGAUACCUUCCUGAGAUGUUUUCUCACAUAUUUUGCAAGAUAUAAGCCAGCUAACAUGCAUAGGUCUACAACACUCUUCCCUCGGCUGUCCUACCAUGUGCUGGCCCACUGCAGAGGAUACUGUGUGUUGAGAGGCAGCUCAAGGUCGCUAAUCUGUGGCCCACAACCCCAUGUAGUCAGCCGAUUGGAGCCAAGAUGGACGCCUAGUAUCCAACACAACUACCCAGUACCCCCAUCCCCCCACGUCACUACUCUCAACAAAUACUCAGACUUAUCCACCCAAAAAUACAACCUCAUCUACUCCUUACCUCACAUCAAACUCCUGAGAGCGGUCUCCAGACUCAAACUGAUCCAAACCGGAAUCACCAUGCUCUUACUCCCGCCCGUCUACUACAUGUAUUCCCAAGGAGAUGCUUCGUACCUACUGGUUAGCUACAGCACGGGGAUAGCGGCGUUCGCCGCCGUCAUGCUCUACUCGGCUAGUCACUACCUGAGACGCGUCGUCGGGAUGAUGUACCUGGAUGAGUCCCAGACGACGCUGAAAGUGUCUCACCUGACGUUCUGGGGACGCAGGAAGGACGUGUAUCUGCCCGUGACGGACGUGAUGACUCUGGGGGACACCGGGGACUCCAUAGGGGAGACUAUAUUGAGGUUGAAGCGAUAUAGUAGUUCUGAGACGCUGUACUUCUCGACUAGACUGGGACGUGUGGUGGAUAGGCAGGCCUUUGAGAAAGUGUUUGGGACUUUGAUUUGAUGUUUUUAUAGGGCUU